AUGAACCCUGUAGCCUCAGACGUCCUUCGCCGAAUCACAGACGGAGGUGCAGCUCCCAUGAUCGACGGCCGACAAGGGCUCAUCGACGGUCGGCCAGCACUGAUCGACGGCCAUCCUGCGCUGAUCAACGGCCACGAGCCAACGAUCGGCUUCCAUCGGGACUGGCAAGCUGGCGGCGCAGCAGGAGGAGGAGGGGGUGCGGUAGGAGGAGUUUUGGAUCGGGGAGGAUUUGCUGGGGAAGGUGGGGGAGGGUUGGCUGGGGAAGGUGUUAUCUGGAAGCAGUCUCUCCGAUGGCUGGCUUCGUUAGGGUCGGGAAUACGGCGCUUCAUCGAGGAGUGUAUCCCCGCUAUAGCGGUGGCUGGGACCCAUUGUAUACCCGAUAUAGGGAGAACGAGGAAGUGCAUAUCAGACCCGUUAAAGGUGACCAACUGGGUGAUGGCGGGAAUCGACGGCGUUAUCUGGAUCACCGCGCUGGUUCAGGUGAGUCAUCUAUCAUCUGGACCGUUCAAUAAUGCACCGUUCAG